AUGGUUUCUUGCUACGCCCUCGUGGCUAUCAUCGCUACCAUCGUUUCCACGAGCGCUGCUCAAUCACUCACUGAUGACGACUACUACACCCCCACUUCUCGGAGGACCGCUUCCACAUCCACAUCCGCAUUCUGGACAUACACUGCGCGUUUCGUCGACCAAGUCACCGAAAGCGCAUACACAUACUACGACGGUAGCGUAACCAUAGAUACCUGGACGACAGUCGGCACCAUCAAAGAUGGCGUCACACCAACCUUGACCCCAUAUUCCAUGUACACCUCCUCAGAAGCGUACUACCGCAACCUGCAAAUCGUAGAAGCGUACUACACCACAAACGCCGUAGCAGCAACAGACAUCGUGCCCGCAACGACUGACGAAUCCGACGCCACAGCCACAGCAUCAACAACACUGGAAACAUCCACCAGUAUCUUCUUCAGCAUGCCCGUAACAAUGACAGCACCAUCCUCCUGCCCCACAAUCUUCACCAUAACAACCACCGCCUCGGUAGACGUACCCUCGAAAGUAACAGCGCAAGUAACGCCGACAUCUGUUGAGAAAUCUACGUCUCACAUUACAUACGGCCAAACGGUUUAUAUGUAUGAAACUUGGUAUCUCAGCGCCAACGCCGCACCGUUCACUUCCAGCACGGAUCCCGAUUACAGUGAUUACAUCACUAGCUGCAGUACGCCGCAUGCGCCCUACCGUACUGGGUCUUCGCGGUCAGGCUCAAGCAGCUCUGAUUAUGAUGACUGUUAUUCGUUCUUCUACUGUCAUACCUCCCUACGCACCACCAUCAUCGUCAUCGCCACCGUUCUCCCACUUCUCUUCCUCCUCGGCUUCUUAGAAUCCUUCUUCUGGUUCCGCCGCCUCAUGUGCGGCAAGAGCGCCAUGCGCUGCGGGACAAUCUGCUGGAUCGCCCUUUCGCUCCUGGUACUGUGUUUCACGCGUAUGCAGGAUCGGCGGAGUGAGCAGGACCAGAAGCUUUUGAAGGAGAAGUGGGUGGCUAUGGGGAAAGGGGCGAAGCUGAGGGCGUGGUGGAGGUGGGGGUUUCGAUUUAGGUAUCCAGAGGAGUUGCUGGGUCAGUUUUGUAAGACGACGGUUGGGAUUGUGGAGCCGGGGCAGCCGUUGCAUCCGGCCAUGGCACAGACGGCUGGGAAUGGGGCGGGGGUUGCGGUGCCGGGACAGGUUUACUAUUAUGGGCCGCCGCAGCCGAAUGGGGGGUGGGUGUCGCAGCAGCAAGCUGGGUACUAUGGUGGUGUGAGCAAGGAUGUGGGUGUGGUGUCGCAAUACCCCGUAUCUAAUCCGCAGCAACAGCAGAUGAGCAACAUAUCGCCUAUAUCGCCGCAGACGCCACAGCCUAUCCAUCCUCACCAAAAUACCGCACCUACACAACCGACACCACCGCCUCAUCCAGCUCAACCUCAACCCACCGCACAAAACGCACCACAGAUACCACCCAUCCGCAUAAACGCUUCUCCAGUCGUGGAUAUAUCAAGAGAGACACCUCCGUCUUCGUCUGUCGUCCCACCGCCACCCAAGAACGAUCCCAAGGAUAGAGAUUUGUACGAAUGA